AUGGCUGAUGCUUCCGCCAACACCAAUGCAAAGAUGGCACGAACGUCUCUUCACCCCUCGGCCGGCAGCAAAGCAUAUCAAGAUCAUGACUUCAUGAGACAAUUUGGGGCAGUGCUCGCCCAACUCAAGGUUGGCAAUAUCGGCCCUCUCGCUGUGUCCGUCCGACAAAACAUGCAAGCUCGAGACAGCACAGAGCAAACAGAUCCAUCCCAAUCUACAGACAACACCGUGAUAGGCUGCAAAGUCUCUCUCGAACCUCUUCGGGGCUCUUACAAUAUUGCAUACCGCGUGCUGUUCGAUGACGGAGUUGAAUGGAUCCUGAAAGUGCCUGCGAAUGGCUCCCAUGCCCGCUUUGACCGCCUAGCAGCAGAUGCCAUGACCUCGGAGGCUCUCACCAUGAAGAUGAUCAAGCUAUCGAUCGCCAUUCCAGUCCCCGCUGUCCAUAGUUUCGAUGUCUCGUCAAACAAUGAAGUCGGUUGUCCCUACAUAUUGAUGGAUUUCCUCAAAGGCAGACCACUAUAUGAGGGUUGGUUCGACCCGAAUGCUUCCAGCGCAAAACGUGAGCAAUUUCGAGCCCGAGCCUUGCAGACUACAGCAGCAGCUAUGGUACAGCUCAGUACAUUCACUCUCCACCGCGGUGGGGCCCUACGAUUCGACUCAGCUGGCCAACCCGUGGAUGUUGCCGGUGCUAAGGUGCCGGAUGCAAAAGCCUUUUAUGAUACCAUCGACGGAGAACCUUACCCCGAACACGAUGUUUGGUGCGAAAAUGGUCCUACUACCGACCCUUCCUCCUAUCUCUUAUUCAUGUUGAACCGUCGAGGCUACAAAAAGGGAGACAGUGCCUACAGCCGAGGUGUCCGUGAGUCUGCCGGCCUCUUCACAAAGUGGGCGCUUGAGCUGUCUGACAACAUGGACCACAAGGAGCAGCAGUUUGUACUUGCACAUCCAGAUUUCGAUAUCCAAAACAUUUUGGUGCACGAUGAUGGGACCCUCUCUGGAAUUCUUGACUGGGACGGUGUAGCUGCAGUACCGCUAUCGGUGGGAUGCCUGAGGUACCCAAACUGGCUUAUACGGGACUGGGACCCUGUCAACUAUAACUGGGACAUCGAAGCCCACAAGCCGAAAUCGUACUCUGGGCGCCCAGAGAACACUCCUGAUGAGCUUGUCUGUUACCGAGCGAUGUACGCGCAGUUCAUCGAGAUGCUGCUACCGACCGAUUCUGCAAGUAUCAAGACAGGCAAGAUGGAGGCUGAUAUCAUAACGCGUAUGUCUUUGAUCACGGAGAGUCUCGAGAUCGCUGUCAACAGACCAAUGGCCACUAGUCAGAUUGUCGGACAUCUAUAUCAAGAAAUCAAGCGAAUUACGGGAGAAGAGGGCGACAACGACUCGUCUGUCACUGUUUCUUUGGAAUCAGGCGCAAGAUCCGACAUCAGUGAUGGUGAUGACUCGGAGACAGACUCUUUGGCGUCUGGGGAUGAGGUAGAAGACGGGAAUAGCGAUGAAGACACCGCACCAACUGAGAUAGAACAGUCCAUUUCAGAGCUCUCAGAUGAUGGAAAGCGUUUAUCCUCUGAGUGUUUUUGCCAGAAAUGCAUUGCAACCUUGCACCAUUCUGAGCCAGAGGUCAUCGACGAAGAGAAAGACGAGAACGAUUUCUUGGCGCUGGAUGCAACUCCUCGCGAGGGCCCAGAAUUCGAACAAGACGGUCCUGAGAUGGCUUUGUCUGACCAGGUCCCGGCGAAAGCGGCUGCUCAUAAGCAAAAAGCUGCUUCUUUCGAAAAGGCUGGAGUUGCCGGAUGGGCCAGCGGCUUGAGUGAUUAUGGGCCUACAGGUAUAGCCAAAACACUCAAUAACAAAGCAGCAACUGGAUCGAAGCCUUCUGGAAAAGUAAGAGUGGUAAAAUGGGCUCUCAAAUUGGGUGCGAAAGGCUGCAAAGAAGCUUCUAAAGUCUUGCACAAAAAAGAAGCAUACGGUUCGCAGCCGAAGGAUCGGGUCGAAGCAACGCCUGCGCAGUUUGACGCUCAACCUGAUUCAAAAACCGCAACGGCGGCCAUACGUCUGUGCAACCGGACCGAGACCUUGCUGAGACAGAUCAGUGCUCGGAUGCAUCAAGACCGCGCACCUGGAGCUGAGGGGUCAAACCCCAAAGAGACCAAGACUAAGCGCGUUCAAACUUUUCUCAACUGGCUGAUCACCGUGGUCAAAAAGAUGAUCCGGAAGCGAGUAAAGGACGGUGUUGAAGUUGCAGAGAUGCCUACAAUCACCGGAGGACGAUUACCGCACAACGUCGUCCUAGUUGACAUAGGGCAUUGCCAGAGAUGCAAUCCUGUCGAGGAGAGUCCCGACAGAGAACAAGCAAAUGAUCAAGAUUACUCCGUCGAGACGAGUUCAGAUGAUGUCUGGGCUCACAUUGCUGCAGAGAUAGACAAGAGCGGCAUUCCCGUCGAUUUGAUCAAGAAGCGCCAGGAUGUGGUUGCGCAAAGCGUCAUUGAAGAACUGGGGCAGGAAAUUGAACGAGAGAAGGAGACGGAGCUUUAUCUGAAUGAUAAGAAAGCCACUAGAACAGCAAAAAGAGCAAAGAAGCGAACAGAAAUACCAAACACAAAACACGAGAGCCAUUCGGGUCCCAUCCAGCCACCAGCUUCUGCCAAGUCAGAGCUUGCCAAGACAAGCUCAGUGAAUAUGCGCGUGGCCGAGACGGAAGCUGCACAGACUGGGAUGCCAGAGGAGUUGGAAGCUAAUUUGGAGGAUGGAAAAUUGGAUGAAACACCCCGAUUUACCUCAGCUUCGCUUGGUGGAGUGGAAGGCUUGAAUAGCGAAGAGAUCGAGAAGCCAGAGCCCGAAAAUGCCGAAUGCCCAAAGUCCAGCAUCCUAACCCCCGGAGACCCGGAUCCGGAUGCCGUUGAUAUGGACCAUAUUCCACCAUACAAUUAUGAAUCUGGAUCUUCAGAACCUGAGUCACUGAUAUCCAAGCUCGAAGCUGCCAAGCAGCGUUUUGAUAUGGAGAUGGCACUGAAAGGGCAGCACUCUGGAUCUACGCGUCUAGUACCUGGAAAUACUGGCGUAGGAACCCCGCAACUUGGAGACUCCAAGCAGCAAACAUCAACACAUGACGCUGCAGCACCAGAAGCUAUCGAGGAGGCCAACCGAAAGCUGCGCAUGAUCUUGUCAAGCUUUGCGAAACCCCGAGCCGCUAGUAGCAGAUCGGAAUCGAAUGGAUUCCAGAUCGCAGAAGAUGAUGGUGCCGCAACGGCGCGACUCGGAAGUGUGCAGUCUUCUGGAGCUAUCGAUCUAGCUAAUCAAAAGCUGAAGGCGAUGCUGUCGAGCCUUCAAGAGCCCGUAGCCGCGGAUGCUGGCUUGCAGUCGAACAUGUUCCAGAUUAUAGCCGAUGACGACGAAGAACCUGAGAGCAGGAAAGGUUUCCAAACAGCAUCAUUCACAUCUGUUUCCGUUGCUAGUCCGAAGGAUGGGGCAGCACAGUUCCAGAAAGCCGUCAAAUAUGGUCGAUGGUUUGAGACCCCCAAGGGCAGCUUGAAUCGCAUUGAAGAUGAGGAGCGGGUGAAUGAUAGCUCGAAUGUUCAUGAGAUGACCUCACGACCCAGCAGCUACUCUUUAGAGAACAACGGAGGGUCGUUAGAGACUUCGGUAGCCAACCGCGAAGAUGAAAAUGUGGCUACAGUCUGUGAUUUCCAGCUUUUAUCUCGGGACUACAACCAAGCUGAAGCAUUCAACGUUCUCCAGAUACCAGGCGUUGACGAAAAUUUCGAAGAUUAUGAGGAAGAAUACGGUGUGGAAGGAUUCACCCGAACUAGCAACGGUGGGGAAUUCGCCGAGUCAGAAGAAGGUGAAGUGCAAGAUGAAGAAAUUGGCUUGCUCAGAGCGGCGCAGGGAAGUUUUGGGGAAAAGAUCGUGAAUAGGGUAUCAGCCGGUGGUGAAGAGUCAGAACAUCCUGGUCCAAAGAAGACCGUCGACCGGGGCAACUUCACAAUGAGUGAAGUUUGCGUAGCCCUCGGAAACGGCAAUCUCGAUGAACAGCGUAUGAGGAAGUUGAAGGUGGGGUUUAUGAUGGUGCUUGCUGAAACUUUGGGGAAGAUAUAG